GUGAGUUUGGUAAAACAAACAAACAAAUAAAUAAAAAAGAGGAAAAAUUCCAUAAACCUCGUCCAUAUCCAAAAGAUUUCCUCUCCUAAAUCCUCUUUCUAGAUUCAGAAACCUUUUAUCAAACACUCACCAGUCACCACCUACUCAUCAGGACUAGGGUUUUGUGUCAGUUUCAAGAAAGAAAAAAAGGAGCAAAAAGAUGCAGCAGCCACCGCAAAUGAUCCCUAUGAUGCCCUCGUUUCCACCCACAAAUAUCACGACCGAGCAGAUUCAGAAGUACCUUGAUGAGAACAAAAAAUUGAUUCUGGCGAUAUUGGACAAUCAAAACCUUGGAAAACUUGCUGAAUGUGCCCAGUACCAAGCUCAGCUUCAAAAGAAUUUGAUGUAUCUAGCUGCAAUUGCUGAUGCUCAACCACAAGCACCAACAAUGCCUCCCCAGAUGGCCCCGCACCCUGCACUGCAACAAGGAGGAUAUUACAUGCAACACCCACAGGCAGCAGCAAUGGCUCAGCAACCAGGUAUUUUCCCCCCAAAGCUGCCAUUACAAUUUAAUAACCCACAUCAGAUACAGGAUCAACAGCAACAGCAACAGCAACAGCUGCACCAGCAGCACCAACAGCACCAACAGGCCAUUCAAGGGCAAAUGGCACUGAGAGCUGGAGGGGCCAACAAUGGCUUGCAUCCCAUGCAUACUGAGACUGCUCUUGGAGGUGGCAGCAGUGGUGGUCCACCUUCUGUUAAUGAUGUACGUGGAGGAAGCAAGCAAGACGGCUCUGAAGUUGGGGCAGCAGGUGCUGAUGGCCAGGGAAGCUCAGCUGCUGGGCAUGGCAGUGGUGAUGGAGAAUCUUCUUACUUGAAGGGGUCAGAGGAAGCAAAGUAACAUGGUUUUUAUUUGCCAUUCCGCAUGUAUACAUGUGGCUGUUGAUAGUAGGUGUCUGUUAGAGUAGGGUGGUACGCUCUGAUGAUCUUUAGUAGAUUGAGUGAAGGAAGUAGCAAAAGCUUCCCCUUGUAGUUUUUAAUAGGUUAGGUAGGUGAAGUUGCAUUGUAAGAGUCUUUGCAAAUUGCAUGCAACGAAUUCUGGCAUCAGCAGCAGCAGAUGAAACAUGUGGUCAGACAAGACAAUCUUAGUCGGAAGGGGAAGAGAGGUGGAAGCAUGUGGUCUCUACUUCCGCAUCUGUCAAUUUUAAAUAACAUACAAGUUCCUGCAGGGUCUUCCAGACUUGAGAUUUCAUCCAAGUUUUGUUUGGUUUUGACCAUUAUAUUAUCAUUAUCUGUGCAAAAUAAUUAAGUUUUGACUUUAACAAUUAUUUGCAGAGCGUUUCAGUUUGCGAUCCUAUAUAUGCCACUUCUUUUGUUUUA